ACAUUCCGUUCAAAGAGUUAAACCUCACAAAAUUAUAAGUUAAAAUGCCAGUACAAGCAAAAAUAGGUCCAUCAAUUUUAAAUGCCGAUUUAGCUGACUUGGCCAAUGAAUCGCAGAAAUUGAUAAAUAAUGGAGCCGAUUAUCUUCACCUUGAUGUGAUGGAUGGUCACUUUGUGCCAAAUCUUACUUUUGGCCACUCACUUGUUAAGUGCUUAAGAAAUAAAAUAAAGAAAGAGUUUUUCGAAACUCAUAUGAUGGUAUCACGUCCUGACCAAUGGAUUGAGCCUAUGGCUGAUGCCGGUGUAGAUCUCUAUACAUUCCACAUUGAACCAGUAAUGGCCGAAGUGUCUAGUGUAUGUCGAAAAGUACGCGAAUCGGGUAUGAAAGUGGGUUUAGCGCUAAAACCAGGCACUGAAGUCCAAGUAGUUGAAAAGUACGUAGAUAUGGCUGAUGUAGUGCUUGUAAUGACGGUGGAGCCUGGCUUUGGAGGACAAUCAUUCAUGGGCGACAUGAUGCCUAAAGUACAAUGGUUGCGAGAGCACUAUCCAAAUUUAGAUAUUGAAGUAGAUGGUGGAGUUGGACCAAAAACUAUUGAAGCUUGCGCAAAGGCUGGCGCAAAUAUGAUUGUUUCUGGCACAGCUGUUAUACAAGCAUCUAAUCAACGAGAUGUAAUCAACUCACUCAGAAGCACAGUUCAAAAGUACACUAAUAACACAUGUACACAUGUGCAUUAGUUAUAUGAGCUGACUGUAUGAUAAUUUUGGAAAACGUUGCUAUUAUAAACAAAGGUUGAAAUUGUUAAAUUUUACAAAAACCAUAUAUAUUUUUUUAUUAAAUUUUAAAGGUAAUGCGAUUUAAAUAA